CACAUAAAAAAAAACAUGAAAUUUCUAGAAUCUAUAGUAGCUCAAAUCGGAAGCCUAAUCCUCAUAAUCACCGCCCUAGAAAGAUUCAUCCCUGCCCAAUUUUGGACCACAAUCGAAACACAUUUCCGAAAAUUAGCCUUCCUCUUAAACCCCUACGUCGAGAUCACCUUCGACGAGUUCCCGGUGGAUGUAUACGGCCGGAGCAAGGCCUACGCGUGCAUAGAGGCGUACCUUGGCACCAAUUUCUCGGGCAAGGCUGCACGCCUCAAGGCUGCCCUGGCCACGAAGGGCCAGGGCGUCGCCUUGAGAAUGGACGACUACGAAGAGAUCAACCACGUUUAUAAAGGCGCGAAGGUUUCUUGGAUGAGGAACACGAGCUAUCCUAGGAAUAAUGUGAUUAGUUUCAAGGAGAGUAUUGAUGAGAAGAGGGCUUAUAUCUUGUCGUUUCGACAGAAGGACCGCGACGUCGUUCUCGGGUCUUAUCUUAGCCAUGUCUUGGCUGAGGGGAAGGCGAUCAGUAAGCGCGGUAGGAAGCAAAGGCUGUACACGAAUGUGAGCGGAGACGACUGGGGAAGCUACGGAAAGAUGAUGUGGCGGAGUGUCGGAUUCGAGCACCCGGCAACGUUCGACACGUUGGCUAUGGAUCCCGUAAAGAAGAAGGAAAUCAUGGAUGAUUUGACUGAGUUUACUAAAGCCCAAGAUUACUAUAGGAAAAUUGGGAAGCCAUGGAAACGAGGGUAUUUGCUGUACGGCCCGCCGGGAACUGGGAAAUCGACGAUGAUCGCCGCCAUAGCCAACUUUCUUCGUUACGACAUCUAUGACCUUGAGCUCACUGCAGUUGUGGAUAAUACCAAUUUGAGGAAAUUACUCAUUGAGAUUUCCAAAAGGGCGAUUGUAGUGAUUGAAGACAUAGAUUGUUCCCUACAAAUCACCGGCAAAAGAAAAGAAGCAAACCACCGCAAAGACUACCCGACACCGGAGGACGCCAUCAAAAAAGCCGGAAACGGCGGUGAUGACGACAAAGAAGAGAGCAAAGUCACUCUCUCCGGCCUCCUGAACUUUAUGGACGGCCUGUGGUCGGCCAGCGGCGGCGAGAGGAUCUUCAUCUUCACCACCAACCACGUCGACAAGAUCGACGAGGCCCUCAUCCGGAGGGGGCGGAUGGACAAGCACAUCGAGAUGUCCUACUGCUGCUUCGAGGCCUUCAAGGCCCUCGCCAAGAACUACCUCGGCCUCGACUCCCACGACAAGUUUGACGGCGUGAGGCGUUUGUUGUCGGAGAUUGAGAUCACCACCGCUGACGUGGCGGAGAGUUUGGUGCCGAAGUCGCCGGAGAUGGGGGCGGAUGAGUGUUUGGAGAAUUUGAUGGAGGCGUUGAGGAAGAAGAAGGAAGCGGAGGGUAUUGGUGGAGAAGGUGAGAAAAUGGGAGAAGGGGAGAAGAUAGGAGGAGAGAUGGAGGAGAAAGAGAGGCGGCGCGGGGAGGUUUUGCGGCGGAUUAGGAAACAGAUAAUGCGACUUGUUGCGGAAAAAUAGAGUCGUUUUAUUUUAUUGGAUGAGAAAUGUGUUAAAUUUCUAGAAAUAAUAUAACGAUGUUAUAUAAGUGAGGAUGGAAAUUUAGUUUGUAUUACAUGUGUUUGUGAGGUUUUAAUAUGUCGAAUUCGUUUGCUUUUCAACUUUGUAAGUAAUUUAGUAAAGGUAAA